AUGGAUAUUCACACGAGCCCUUCUUCCCUGGCCUUUGACAACUUCACCGGGGAGGUUACCAGGCAUUCAUCUGUAUACGUUGGUCUCGGUUUCUGUGCUCUUCUAGCUCUCUGGCACUAUUUUGACGUCUCGGGGCACGAUCCUAGAGAGCCACCUAUCGUGAAGCCGUCUAUACCACUCAUUGGCCAUUUUGUAGGGUUUUAUAGAUAUGGAGUCAGCUAUAUGGACCGUAUGAGGCAUCACACCUCAUGGCCUGCUUACACACUCAGUGUCAUGGGCCACAAGACCUACGUCGUCACAACGCCGGGACUAUCCCAUGCCGCUCUGAAGUCCAAAUCAAUGUCUAUGGAGCCUCUAAUCGCAUAUGUGGCGCCCAAGAUGUUGGGUCUCAGCAAAGAUGCAGGCCACCACUUUGGUAUCGACCACACAGGCUUUUACAACGGUUCCCCAGCGCUGAGAGAACGACGUGAAGAGUUCAGCCACGCACUUGCCCCUGGCCCGGGUGUUAAUCUACCAGGCCAAAUGUGCUCAGAUGUAGUAACAGACGCUGUUAAUGCGUUUGGUGCAGAAUGGGCAACAAGAGACUUGUACCAAUGGCUACGGGAUGUCAUCACACUAGGCACAGCUAAUGGUCUAUACGGGCCAAAAAGCCCAGUCGCUGUUGAUAAAAGCCUUAUUGAAGAUAUCUGGGCAUUUGAUGAGAACCAACUACGGCUUAGCUGGGGUCUCCUCCCCAAUCUCAUCGCACCCACUGGUGUUCGUACUCUCAACAAAAUCUCCAAUGCUUUCCAACAAUUCUUUCAAAGUGGAAACGCAAGUCUUGCCAGUGAUGCUGUGAAAUUGGGCAUUGCCACGGCACGCAAGAUGGACGUCAGCAUUGAGGACUACUCUCGUAUCGAAGUGUUUAAUGUAUCUGUUGCUACAGUCAACACCGUGCCCACAGCUGUUGCCAUGAUACAAAAUAUCCUUGCCAACUCAAAUUUGUUACAAGCCCUACGCAAAGAGCUUGAAUCCGUUCUCAUUAUCAAAGAAACUCCCAACGGCCGCCAAGCGGAGCUUGACAUUGGGCACGCGGAGAUUGAGUGCCCACUACUCCAUGCUUGUUAUCAGGAGGCUCUCCGCAUUGGUUCUACACCAACUUGCAACCGUGCGGUUCUCGAAGACGUCGUACUCACCGACCCGGACACGGGACGUGAGGUUUUAUUUAAAAAGGGCUGGAGAGUGUCUAUACCCACAUUCCUCCUACAUAACCGGGAUACCUUUUGGGGCGGAGACGCUGAAUCUUUUGGACCUGAAAAGUUUCUACCAGGGGGCAUUGCAACUGACGGUAAAGGCAAAGUCAAGACUCAGGGAUUUGUACCAUAUGGUGGUGGGGCUCACUUGUGUCCCGGUCGCCACCUCGCCAAGAUGGAGAUCCUCGCUUCUAGCGCUCUAGUUGUCAUGGCUUUAGACUGUGAAGCCCAGAAUGGGUUUGUUACGCAAAACUAUGCGUCGAAUUCAGGAGCAAAGAAGCCAAUAGGAUUAGAUAAUGUCAAGAUAAGGCGGCGCAUGGGAUGGGAGGAUAUAGAGUGGAAAGUGAAAAUUUAA